AUGGCAUCGGAAACCACGUUGGAUAAAAUCACAUCCAGCGGCUCAUCGUCGAACACGAACGCGGGGAUGGUGAAUCACCAGAUGAAAACCUUCGUCCUCGUCCUCCUUUACUUAGGUUUGAACAGUUCGUUAAACCUUUUAAACCGGUACACGCUCGGGCACGCCGGGUUUUCGUUUCCGAUUUUACUCACCGUCGCGCACUUAUCGUUCUCGGUGAUAUGUUUAUCUCCAAUCAUGUUAUCUCCAAAGUUGAGCUAUGCGAGUUCGCACCAGGAGAUAUUACCGAGGGUGAAAAACGCGGUGGUGAAGAUUGGUUUGUUCAUGAGUUUGAACAUCGCGAUGAAUAACGCGAGUUUAGUGUCUAUGCCGUUAUCGUUAAAUCAAGUGAUUCGAGCGUCCAUUCCUGUGGUGUGCGCGGUGUGCGCGAUGUUCGUGGAAGGACGAGUACCGGGCGGGAUCGAAAGUAUCGGGUUACUCUUCGUCGCCGGUGGAGUUAUGUUUUGUAUUAGUGGGAGUUACGCGGCAGCGAGUAGUGGUGGUGGUGGUGGUGUUUCAUCGAAGGAGAAGGAGCGGACGUUGAGCGGAUUAUUGUAUUGCGUAACCGCGACGAUUUCAAACGCGUUGAUGAUGACGUUUAGCGGGAAGAUCAUGGGCGGAGAAAAAUUGGACGCGUUGCGACUGACGUUUUAUACCGCUCCGGUGACAUUGUGCGCGUUACUCCCCGUCGCUUUACUCUUAGAAGGCGAUCGGUUCGUCAACAAAUAUUUCGGCUCGAACUCGUUCGACGUGCAAUCGAGGGAAGCUUUGAUGUACGGCGACGAAUACGUAUCGCCGAUUAAAGUCUUGACGUUAGUCUUACUCGGGUGUUUGAACGCGGUGUCAUAUAAUUUCGUUCACUUCGCGUUAGUCGGGGCGACGUCGGCGGUGACCACGACAGUUCUCGGAAACAUUAAAGUCGCUCUGUUAAUCUUAUGCUCGCGCGUGUUAUUCGGCGAGACGAAAGAUUGGAGCGUAUCCAUGGUUUUCGGAGCGUUCGUCGCUUUGGCUGGGUUCGGUUUGUACUCUUUCGCGCGAGUCAAGGUGUCGCAUCAGCAAAUGAAUACGCACAGCGCUAAGAAAUAA